CAUGCAUAAGGGAAACCUUAGCUUGUAUAACUUUAUAUUAUAUGGUCACAUUUUUCUGAUUCCCUGAGGCUGCAAAUUUAUUAACCAUCGUGAACAUGAAGAACCUGAACAUCUCUUUGUGCAUGCUUCUCGUAGCUCUUGUGCGGUUAGGGGGAAGUGCACCCUCUGGCUUCAACUAUGGUGAUGCUCUUGAUAAGAGUUUGAUGUUCUUUGAAGCACAGAGGUCUGGUAAGUUACCACUGCCGCAGCGAGUCAAAUGGCGUGGUGAUUCUGGUCUCCAAGAUGGAUUUCAACAAGGAGUAGACCUGGUGGGUGGGUACUAUGAUGCAGGAGAUCAUGUGAAAUUUGGGUUGCCAAUGGCCUACAGUGUCACAAUGCUUGCAUGGGGGGCCAUUGAGUUCAACAAGGAAAUCGCUGACUUGAACCAAAUGGGACAGGCAUUAUGGGCAAUUAAAUGGGGAACUGACUACUUUAUCAAAGCUCACACUCAGCCUAAUGUUCUUUGGGGACAGGUGGGAGAUGGAGUUUCUGAUCAUUACUGCUGGGAGCGUGCUGAAGACAUGACAACUUCAAGAGGUGCCUACAAAAUUGAUGAACAACACCCUGGCUCAGAUCUGGCAGGUGAAACUGCAGCUGCAUUGGCUGCUGCAGCUAUAGCUUUCAGGCCCUACAACUCUUCUUACUCUAAUCUCCUGCUAGUUCAUGCAAAACAGCUCUUCACAUUUGCAGAUAGGUUCAGAGGUCUCUAUGAUGACUCCAUAUCAAGUGCUCAGCAAUUCUAUACUUCUUCCGGUUACUCGGAUGAAUUGUUGUGGGCUGCCACUUGGCUGCACCAAGCAACCGGUGAUGAAUACUACAUAAAGUAUGUAGUGGACAAUGCUAUGUAUAUGGGAGGAACUGGCUGGGCAGUAAAAGAGUUUUCUUGGGACAACAAAUAUGCUGGUGUGCAGAUCCUCCUAUCAAAGGUGUUACUAGAAGGAAAGGCUGGUGCUUACGCUGCCACACUAAAGCAAUACCAGGCCAAGGCAGAAUAUUUUACCUGCGCUUGCUUGCAAAAGAAUGAUGGUUACAAUGUCCAAAAAACACCAGGUGGCUUACUAUACGUGCGUGAUUGGAACAACAUGCAGUAUGUUUCUUCUGCUGCAUUCCUUUUAGCUGUUUACUCUAAUUACCUAUCAGCAACAAAAUCACAGCUCAACUGUCCAGAUGGACAAACUCAGCCUCAGGAGCUCCUCAAUUUUGUCAAGUCACAGGCUGACUAUAUCCUUGGUAAAAACCCUGCGGAUGUGAGCUACUUGGUAGGAUAUGGAGCAAAAUAUCCUCUUCAUGUUCACCACAGAGGUGCUUCCAUUGCUUCAAUCUUUGCUCUACACUAUGAGGUUGGCUGCACCCAAGGAUUUGAGACGUGGUAUAACCGUGCUGAGCCAAAUCCUAAUGUCAUCUGCGGUGGCCUCGUGGGUGGUCCAGAUAAAAAUGAUGACUUCUCUGAUGAAAGAUCCAAUUAUGAACAAACUGAGCCUACAAUUUCAGGUUCUGCUCCUCUUGUAGGCAUCUUCGCUAAACUGCAGAGUUUGUAUGGUAAUCAUAAUAUAGGUGAAGGUUACAACCAUAAUGAAUCACCAGUGCCCCAGCAAAAAACACCAACCUUUGCACCAACAUCUAUUGGAUUGACAGGUACAAAUCCAGGGAAAGCAACAGUGUCCAAGACAUCAUCAGAAUCAGAAGGUGCCGCAGUUGAAUUCCUUCACUCGAUAAGUAGCUCAUGGACUGUUGGAGGUGCAACUUAUUACCGUCACAGGGUGAUAAUCAAGAACACUUCUUCAAAGCCAAUCUCAGAUCUUAAGUUGGUGAUUAAGGAUCUCUCAGGGUCUUUAUGGGGUCUCUCUCCAACAGAAGAAAAGGACACCUAUGAACUUCCUCAAUGGCACAAGGUCUUGAAUCCUGGCUCCGAAUGUAUAUUUGUAUAUGUUCAAGGCGGACCCCAGGCUAAAGUCUCGAUUAAAAGCUUACAUUGAUCAUUUGUAGUGGCCACAUUCACUUUUUCAACUCGUACGUCUAAUUUGUUUGACAGCUAAACUUCUGUCACUCCAUGAUUGUAAUUUUGUAAUAUCAAUUUGUCAACCCAGUCCAUCCAUACCUUUCUUGUCCACACUUAAGUUGUAAUAUCGAUUUCUCAAAGUUCCCUAUUUAUUUGAUCCUACAAACAAUCUAACAUAUGAAAAUGCCAUUUGUGAAAUUAAAUGAAAAGGUCGUAUAACUUGAUUGCCAGGGAAAAGGUUUCCAACGAGGAACCCCGAAAAUGUAGUUUUCAUUACGAAACGAGAGAAUCUGGGAAAGAAAUACACGAGUUGAAAGUUAUUUAAGAGCUUGUUCGAUGGUAUUUGUGUUCUGGGAGGCAUUGUUACGGUACAAUGAUUUUUUCCAGCAGACGAUGACACUUACAACCACAAGAACUGCAGAGUUCAAACAAUCUACCA